AUGCCUUUCAUAAUCCUUAAACUGUCCACUGUCUUUAAUGUUAACACCACUUUGCGGAUCAUCCCCCCCAAUGUGCGUAUCAACUUGCUGUUCAAAUUGCUUUUGGAGGCCAUCUUUAAUGGGAGUGAACGUGUCGUAGAAUUGCGGCAUGAUACCACCCUUCUCAAACUCUACUUUAUCAGUCUUGCUAAUUAUGUUAGCCGCCUCCUUAAUCGCCGUCUGGGCCGCAGCCUUGAUCUGUGCUUCGGCGGUUUUGUUGAAAUUGCGAACGGCGGUGGGAAGGUCUUGAACUGCGGCGGUGAGCUGAGCUGUGACUUCAUUAUUAAACUUGUAGUCGCCGAGCAGGAUGGACUCAAUUUCGUUAGCCACCUGGCUGGUGGUGGCGGAAAGACCGAGAAGCGUGGCUUCAGUGACGAGUUUAAUUUCUUUGUCCUUGCCACUGUUAAUCCCCUUUGA